UUCGACCCUGCACACCUGGCCCGGCCACCCACGUGACAUCAUGACUUCGCGACUCUCGAAAACCUCACCGAUCAUCAUCGUCGGCGCAGGUGUAUUCGGCUUGUCUACCGCCCUCCAUUUGAGCAAAGCCGGAUAUUCAGACAUCGUUGUCUUCGACCGUCAACCGUACCUCGAUAAUGCCUACUCAACGAAGGAUGGCGCGGAUGCCGCCAGCGCAGACAUGAAUAAAGUGAUGAGGGUAUCAUACGGAAAAGAGGUGUUGCACCAAAAGCUUGCAUUCGAAGCAAUCGACAUCUGGGGCGAAUGGAACGAGCAGAUAGGAAAGGCGAAACCGGAAGAUCUGCCCAAGAGCAUCCGACCAAGCGACAAGGUGUGGAACAACUGCGGGUUUCUAAGGCUCAGCAAGGAUGACAAGAUCAGUCAAUUCGAAGAGGAUACGUUGGCUGGAUUGGGGGCUGAAGGCCUUCGGGAUACACAAUACGUGUUGGACGAUUCGAGUGACAGAGAACGCGCAGCGAGGAAGGGAAUGCUUAGAAAGCUCGAUCCCAUGGGCUUGCAGCAACGAAGAGGGAAACUGGUAGGCGUGUAUGACACUCUCGGCGGCUUCGUCAACGCGAGCAAAGCCUGCGCCUGGGUCCUGCAUUUGCUGUCGAAAACAGACGUGAAAUUGGUGCUUGGGCAGAAGCAGGGCACGGUCGCAAAGUUCGUUCGCUCAUCCCAGGGACGGACAAUCGGCAUCAAGACGGUAGAUGGCCUCACCCACAAGGCUGAUCUCGUCGUGGUGGCUGCCGGGCCAUGGACGCCGACUUUGCUACCACACGUUUCCGACAUGUUGGAAGCGACAGCAGGAAGCGUCGCUUAUAUCCAGCUACCACCGAAGGAGGAGAGGCCGGAUCUGUGGGACAAGUAUGCACCGGAACGCUUCCCUGUCUAUUCGUGGGGCGGCUGGGGAAAAGGUAGUGGGCUGGGUGGCUUUCCGCGAACCGAGGACGGUGUGAUGAAGAUUGGCUUCCGCGGGACAAAGUACACGAGCUACAAGACUGUGAAGGAUCCGAGGACGGGGAGAUCUCUAAGAAUUAGUCAGCCUGUGACAGCGUACUGGCCCGAGAGGCGAGAGCCCCAGAUUACGAAGCAAGCCGUGGAUGCUAUCAAGGGCGUCGUUCGCGACGUCCUACCAGACCUGAUCCCAUUCGGUAUCUCCGGCGUGCGCAACUGUUGGUACACCGACAGCCUUGACAACGCCUUCGUCAUUGACCGGGAUCCGGAUGAUCAAGGGUUGAUGGUCUGCAGCGGAGGCUCCGGCCACGGGUUCAAAUUUUUCCCAAUCCUGGGACGUGAAGUGGUCCGCAUCAUCGAGAAGCCGGAGAAGAAUGAGUACGGUAUGCUUUGGAGAUGGCGAAACGUUGAUUCCGGCCCGAAAAAUGGGCUGGAGGAAGGAGAGGCCGGAUCAAGAGUGUGGGAGAGGCAGCAGAUGGCUACCAUAGCAGACUGGAAGCUCAAUGAGUUAGCAAAGCUGUAGAGGCAUACCUAGAUAGCUUCGAUAAUCAAAUCGCAACACUC